GAGGGAAGGGAAUUAGCCCAUCCAGCUGGCAAAAAUAUCCCGCGGUUUACGAAUGUCUAUGACACUGCGCUUAGGGGAGAUAACCCAUGGCAUGUAAGCAAGCUUCCUCUUAAUGUGAGCAGCAACUUUUAGCCUUGUUCCUCCGCCCCCACCACCCGGGCACGGUGUAAAGGGGACAGAGCAGCUGAGAGCGGAGACUGCUGUGUGAGGUGCGGCGAACAUGGAUCAAGGUGUCACUGCCCUCGCCUCAGCCUCAUUGAAGGGCUAAGUGGCAGGUACACUGGCAUCGUGGCUGAUAGCCCCAGACUGAGAAAAUAUAGGAACCAAAACUGCUCAAAGUAAAGAAGCGUGGGCUCUUGCCUUUACUUUGCAGGAGAAUGAGAGGUGAUCCCAUGGAAGCCUACAAAAUUCUGAAGGGGCUUGAUUGAGUAGAUGCUGAUUGUUUCCGCUGGUCGGGGAAUCUAAACUACAGAGGCUCAAUCUCAGAGUAAGCGGCUGAUCAUUUAGGCCUGAGAUGAGGAGAAAUGACUUCACUCAAAAGGUGAUGAAUCUUUGGAAUUCUCUAACCCGGAGAGUUGUGGAUGCUCCAUCAUUGAAUACAUUUAAGGCUGCGAGAGACAGAUUUUUGGUCCCUCAGAACAAGAUAAAGAUUUCACAUCUAAUAGGUGAAAAUGUAUUUCCAGGCUUUCACCUUGUGCUUUGGAUUUGCUACAUUGUAUCAUGAUGUCUUGACCUCAGAAAAUCAAUGUAAAAUAAAAGAUCUGGUUGCUGAUUGCAGUCAUUUGAAGCUCUCAAGUGUCCCUUCAGACCUUCCUGUUAACAUGACAGUGCUAAAGCUCUCCCAUAACCAGCUGAGGUAUUUGCCAGCUUCUACACUAUCUAGGUACAGACAGCUUCAAACUCUGGAUUCUGGAUACAACGUCAUUACUAAAAUCGAUGGAAACCUAUGCAAGGUUCUGCCAUUUCUACAAGUGCUGGGGCUGGAACACAAUCAGUUAUCUCAUCUGUCUGUACAUUACUUCUCUUACUGCAGCAACCUGACUGAGCUCUACUUGCAGUCCAAUAGGAUCAAGCAGAUCAUAGGCGACCCUUUCAAAAGCCUUCAAGACUUGACGGUCCUGGAUGUGUCUCACAAUAAACUGGUUUCUGCCAAACUGGGGACUCAGCCGCAGUUGCAAAAGCUGCAAAGAUUGGCGCUGUCUGCAAACAAAAUCACAUACUUAAAGGACAACGAUUUUUACUUCCUGAAGAACACCACAUUGUAUCAGCUAGAGUUGUCAGCCAACAGUCUAACCGAGUUUGAAUCUGAUUGUUUCCACAAAAUUGGAAGUUUACACGUUCUAGUUUUGGAUGAUGUUGCUCUCAGCCAAAAUGUCACUAAGCGGCUCUGUCAUGUAUUGUCAGGGACCGACAUCACUGAGCUUUCUUUGAGGAACACGCACCUGAAAAUACAGAACACUACUUUUAAUGGAUUAAACAAAACUAACUUGACAUCCCUUGAUCUGUCCAAUAACAGGUUAACUACGUUGCAGGAUAAUUCGUUUCAGUGGUUGCAUAGCUUAGAGUACCUACAACUUGAAAACAACAGCAUCGGUCAUGUCACCCGCCAAACGUUUGCUGGAUUGGAAAAUUUAAAGUGUUUGAACUUGAAGAAAGGCCUCAAAGGGCAAAAUGUCCUGAAUGAAGUAGAAUCUCUCAUUGACGAUUACUCAUUUCAGGCGUUGAAAAACUUAGUGCAACUCAAUCUGGAAGACAAUAGUAUAGCAGGCAUAAGGGCACAUACUUUCUCUGGCUUGACAAGUCUGAAGUACCUUAGCCUGUAUAACUGUUUGGUCGACUUGAAAACCAUCAAUAAUAAAACAUUCAUGUCUCUUGCUGAGUCUCCCCUUGUCAGCUUAAACCUGACAAAGACAAAAAUUUCAAAACUGCAGCAUGGAGCGUUUUCCUGGUUCAAGAAUCUGAAAAACUUGGAUAUAGGUCUCAAUUCCAUUGCUCAGACCCUUACGGGAGAGGAAUUUCGAGGUCUUAGUGAGAUCGAGGAGAUAUACCUAUCAUAUAACUCGAAGUUGAUUUUGACUUCAUCAUCCUUUGUUCAUGUCCCUUCUAUGAAAAUCUUAAUGCUUAGCAAAUCAAACAUCGCCUCAUUGAGCUUUCAACCAUCACCGUUUGAUCUGCUUCAGAACCUCUCUGUCCUUGAUCUUAGCAACAAUAAUUUAGCCAAUUUAGAUAAAGAUGUUUUCCGUGAGCUUCGGCAGCUCCAAGUUUUAAAGUUGCAACACAAUAACUUGGCACGGCUCUGGAAGAGUAUUAAUCCUGGCGGUCCGGUUUUGUAUCUAAGUGGUUUGAAGGAGCUUCAGAGACUUGAUUUGCAAUCCAAUGGGUUAGACGAGCUCCCAGAGAAAGCUUUCCAAGGAUUGUAUCAACUCAGUAUUUUAGAUUUAAGCUCAAACAACUUAGAUUUUCUUCCAGAUGAUGUAUUUAAUGACUUGCAGUCUCUCAAAUUACUACAUAUGCAGAAAAAUUUGAUUACAUCUGUUGAGAAAAGUGUUUUUAGCCAAGCAUUUAAUAACUUAACAGCUCUCUACAUGGGAUUCAAUCCUUUUGACUGUACUUGUGAAAGUAUUUCCUGGUUUGUUACCUGGCUGAAUAGGACCAACAGCAGCAUCCCUGGCUUAAAUAGUCAAUACAUUUGCAACACCCCACCAAGUUACCACAACCAUACUGUUGUAGCUUUUGACAUAUCUCCUUGCAAAGACAUCGUCCCUUUCGAGGGUGCAUUCAUAAUUAGCAGCAGCAUUAUACUUGGCUUCAUAUUUACUGUGUUUCUUAUUCAAUUUCAAGGAUGGAGGCUAGAAUUCUAUUGGAACGUUUCUGUCAACCGAAUAUUUGGGUUUAAGGAGAUAGACCAUCAGGAAAUUCAAUUCGAGUACGAUGCUUACAUUAUUCAUGCAAAAAAUGACAUUGACUGGGUCAACAAUUAUUUGUUGCCCUUGGAGCAACAUGAUCAAACUGUGUUCCAGUUUUGCUUGGAAGAAAGAGACUCUGAAGUUGGAAUUUCUGAGCUAGAAUCCAUCGUGAACAGUAUAAGUCAGAGCAGAAAAAUUAUCUUUGUUAUGACUCAAGAGCUUUUAAAGGAUCCCUGGUGCAGAAGGUUCAAGGUGCAUCAAGCAAUGCAGCAAGUCAUUCAGCAAAGCCGAGAUGCCAUAAUUUUGAUCUUUUUACAAGAUAUCCCUGAUUAUAAAUUACAUCAGAUGCUCUGCCUCCGAAGAGGAAUGUUCAAAUCGCACUGCAUUCUAGUCUGGCCUGUACAGAAUGAGCGAAUACCUGCUUUUCACGAGAAACUUAAGGUUGCACUUGGUUCAAGUAAUCGAGUCCAGUAGCUUUACCUGAAUACAAUAGACACUCAUCAGCCUAAUACAUGGGGUAAAAAUAUAAAAAGGGCAAGUUUGGGGCAAGUAUUAGCAACAGAAAUUUGAAUAGAAUCAUAGAAUGGUCUCCUUCUCUGUUGUAACCAUUUGGCCUGUCGUGUCUGUGUUGUCUCUUUGCAAGAGCAACUCACCAAUGCCAAACCCCUACCUUUUCCCCGUAACCAUGCAAAUCUUUUCUCUUCAGAAUAUGAUCCAUUUGUCUUUUGAAAGCCUUGACAGAACCUGCCUCCACCAUACUCUCAGAUAGUGCAUUCCAGAUGAUCCAGAGGAUCCAAAACCUUUUCCUCAUGGUCCUUCUUUUGCCAAUCACCUUAAAUCAGUCCUGGCAACAUCCUUGUAAAUCUCCUCUGCACCCUCUCUAAUGCAAUUACACCCUUUCUGUAAUGAAGUGAUCAAAACUGCACACAGUACUCAAGUUGUGGCCUGAUAAGUGUUUUAUAUAGUUCCAGCAUAACCACUCUGUUCUUAUAUUUCAUGCCCCAGGAUGAAACGAUUCUAUAUGCCUUCUUAACCACCUUAUCAAUCUGUCCUGCUACCUUCAGAGAUCUGGGGACAUUCACUCCAAGGUCCCUUGCUUCCUCUACACCUCUCAGUAUCUUCCCAUUUAUUGUGUAAUCCUUUGCCUUGUUUGACCUCCCCAAAUGCAUCACCUCAUACUUCUAUGGGUUGAAUUCCAUUUGCCACUUUUCUGCCCACCUGACCAGUCCAUUGAUAUCUUCCUGCAGUUUACAUCAAUUCUGCAGGACAGAAAAUAAAUCAGAAGAUAAUGAGGGCAUGUAAAAAAGGCAGUACAUUAAUCAUGGGUGACAUUAAUCUUCAUGUAGAUUGGGAAAAUCAAAUUGGCAGAGGUAGCCAUGAGCAAGAAUUCAUAGAGUGUAUUCAGGACAGUUUCCAGGAACAAUAUGUUGUGGGUCCAACCAGAGAUCAGGCUAUUUUGGAUCUGGUAAUGUAUAAUGAGGCAGGUUUAAUAACUGAUCUCAGAUUAAAAUAUCCCCCUAGGAAACAGCGACCAUAACAUGGUUGUAUUUAGCUUUCAGUUUGAGAGUGAGAAACUUGGGUGGGAAACAGCCGUGCUAAACUUAAAUAAGGGUAAUUACAAUGGAAUGAGGGCAGAGUUGGCUGGAGUGGACUGGGAAAGGAGUUUA